AUGAACAACUACGGCCUGGUAUUGAAUGAGAUUGGCUUGCGAGCGACCUUUACCUCCGUUUUGAAGGAGGUGAUGCUUCCCAUCGGGGCUAGGCUCUUUGGUAGCGACGAAGAUCGAGUUCAGUCUGUGGGGGGCGUUGGUGUGGAGACAGAGGAUUGGGGUGGCUCCACUCUUGACGACCACCACACGUUCAUUGUGCAGUACCGCCCAACCGAUGACAAGCACCUGGAUAUGCACAUUGACGAGUGCGAUGUCACCUUCAAUUUCGGCAUCACCUCUCAUGAGAAUUUUGAGGGCAACGAUCUGACUUUCUGUGGAAUGUUUGAUUCAGCAAGUCAUCGCAAGCUGCAUCACAGGUACAAGCACGUUCGUGGACGCUGCGUGGUACAUUCUGGCAAGCGGCGUCAUGGUGCUAUGGACAUUGAGAAGGGCGAGCGUGCAUCGCUGAUAAUGUGGACGAAGAGUCGGAGUUUCCGCCGAACCGAGGCUUACCGCGAAAGAAACCGAAAGGGCCUAACAUAUGGUGAUGCAGACAAUGUGUGUCUCAGCUACACCCAUGACCCCGACUACAAAAAGCUGAUGCCAAAGAAGUUUCAGUAUCACAUGAAGCAGGAAGCCAGUGAAGUCGCAGCGACGAGCAUCACAACAGAAAAAAAGUGGGUUCGGGUCUGUGCGUCAGAAGAUUUGCCGGAAGGGGAGUCAAAGAUGAUCGCUCUGGAGCAAGAGAACGAGCAGAUUGCCGUGUUCAGGCACAGAGGCGAGCUCUUUGCACUGGACAAUCGCUGCGCACACAUGGGCGGAUCCUUGUGUGAGGGCGAGAUAGAGGAUGUCGGCACUCAAGGACUAGGCACCAGCGAUUCCAAAGCCACGGAUGGCAUGGUGAUCUGCCCCCGACAUUACAU